CGCCUGUUCUUCCUACUAGCGCCACCAGCCUCAGCCGGUUCCUGGGACUUUCCAAGCGUGCCUCCCAGGCCCCGCCCUUCUACCCUCCCCGAGCCGCUGGUCCCCCUGCGCGCUGGGGAGCGUGGACCCGGGCAGCAUCCUGGACAGACUCCUGUCCAGCAGGGACGGCGAGCGCCCCAGACCUGGACAGUGCCCGCGCCCCCAUGGCUCUCCACGCGUGGCUGGGGACCGCGCUGCUGCUGCUUGCAGACUGGGUGCUGCUGCGGCCCGCGCUCCCUGGAAUAGUCUCCGUGCUGGUUCCGAAGGAGUGGCCGCUGUUCUGGAUCUGGGCGGUGGGCCUGAGCCGCUGGGCCGUGCUGGGACUGGGGGUGCACGGGGUCCUGAAGGCAAGUGGGCCCCACGAGGGAGAAACCGCAGGAACCCAUGGAUGGCUGGGUGCUUUGCAGCCGCUGGCGGCAGUGCUGGGCUUGGUCCUGCCGGUGCUUGCCUUGAUCCGAGAGCUGGCCUCCUGGGUAGCCCUCCUUGAUCAUGACAGCACCAGACUUCUGCACUGGGGCAGUCGCCCGGAAGCCUUCGUCCUCGGCUAUGUGGCCGCACUGUCUGCAGCCGCCCUAUGGCACAAGUUGGGGGGCCUCUUGGUGGCCAGCAGCCAAGGGGCCGCUGGGGACUUGGUGCGUCGGCUACUAAGUUUCCUGGGCUCCGAGAUGUGCUGCCUUCCGCUGGUUCUGGUUCUGCUGAUCCUCUCCUGUGUUGGGGAGAUGGCCAUUCCCUUCUUUACAGGCCGCCUCGCUGACUGGAUUCUACCAGAUAAGACAGCCCCUGCCUUCACCAGGAACAUAACUCUGAUGUCUGUGCUCACCAUAGCCAGUGCAGUGUUGGAGUUCACCGGCGAUGGGAUUUAUAACUACACUAUGGGCUACUUGCACAGUCGUUUGCAUGGAGAGGUGUUUCACGCUGUCCUGCGUCAGGAGACAGAGUUUUUCCUGCAGAACCAAACAGGUUCUGUCACAUCUCGGGUAACCGAGGACACAUCCAAGGUGUGCGAGUCUAUCAGUGACAAGCUGAAUCUUCUGAUGUGGUACCUGGUGCGAGGCCUGUGUCUCCUGGGGGUCAUGUUCUGGGGGUCACCAUCCCUCACCAUGGUCACCUUGGCUGCCCUGCCUCUGCUUUUCCUUCUGCCUAAGAAGCUGGGGGAAAAGACCCAGUUACUGGCAGUACAGAUUCAGGACUCUCUGGCAGAGUCCACCCAGGUGGCCGUUGAGGCCCUGUCAGCUAUGCCCACAGUCCGGAGCUUUGCCAAUGAGGAGGGAGAGGCCCAGAAGUUUCGCCAGAAACUGGAGGAGAUGAAGACCCUAAACAAGAAGGAGGCCUUGGCCUAUGUAGCCAACCUCUGGACCAUCAGUGUGAGUUUCCAAGAUGUCUCCUUUGCUUACCCAAACAAUCCAGAUGUUUUGGUCCUACAGGGUCUGACAUUCACUUUACGUCCUGGAGAGGUGACGGCGCUGGUGGGGCCCAAUGGGUCGGGGAAGAGCACCGUGGCUGCCCUGCUGCAGAAUCUGUACCAGCCCACCGGGGGCCAGCUGCUGCUGGAUGGCCAUCCCAUCUCGGAAUAUGAGCAUCGCUACCUGCACCGUCAGGUGGCCGCAGUGGGGCAGGAGCCACAGCUGUUUGGAAGAAGUUUUCGAGAAAAUAUUGCCUAUGGCCUGAUCUGGACUCCAACCAUGGAGGAAAUCACCACUGUGGCCAUGAUGUCCGGAGCCCAUAAUUUUAUCUCUGGACUCCCCCAGGGCUACGAUACAGGUCUCGCCAGCGUCCAGCAGCUCCUGUAUGAGAGCCCAGAGCGGGCCUCCCGGACGGUGCUUCUUAUCACCCAGCAGCUCAGCCUGGUGGAGCAGGCCCACCACAUCCUCUUUCUGAAGGGAGGCACCAUCUGUGAGCAGGGCACCCACGAGCAACUCAUGGAGAAGAGGGGGCACUAUCGGGCUAUGGUGGAGGCUCCUGCAGGAGCUCCCAAGUGACAGGCCUCUGGAUACCCACCACCCUUCUCUCCACUGUUUUCUGCUGGUAGAGACUUGGGAGCAAAGCUGUGACCACACCGGUAGAGUGUGUAGCUACUGAGGGGAGGUGGUAAAGGCAAUAUGUAACCCCCUAGGUGGUGCCUGAAAUUUGCCAUGAGUGCUACUUCUUCUUGGCUCCCUCCCAGCUGUGGGACAGGGGCUCAUCCAGGCUGACCUUGAGCUUGGAUGACCUUGAACUCCUGAUCCUCAUUCCUCUACCUCCUGUGUUCUUCUGUCCUGAACCCACAUGCCCCGUCUAUUCCAUGCUGUG